AUGUACAAUGGAAUGAUUCCAAUAGCACCAGCAGCACCCAUCUCAGCAUCCAAACCAAGUGACAUACACAGAAAGAAACGCACAAGGGCCAAACGUAGCUGCGACUUGUGCAGAAAGAAGAAGACCCGAUGUGAUAGCGAUGUCAAUCAACCUUGCACAAAGUGUCGACUAGCAAAAACGGAAUGUCAGUUUCUUGUAGAGCAAAAGAAGCGAGGGCCAUCAUCAGGGAGCUAUGUUGAAGUGCUGGAGAACAGAUUAUUGCGUAUGGAAAAAUUACUACAAAACAUGGCUAAAGAAAAGAGCCAUAAUACAGCAGACGAAAACGAGCACAAUUCACCUAAUAUGGACCGAGGAAGUUCCAGCCCUAAUUCGCGAAUGGAGAACGUUUGCUUUCUCCAACCUCCACGAUCAGAAGACACCGAGCUUUCAGAUACGCUUCCUGAGCAUUCGAGCAAUGGCAGUGACGAUGAAGCAGCUUCACCCAACAUCAUAUGCCCCACGAAAGAAUACUCAUUAGAAUCAGACAAGGAUUGCCAAGACAUCGAAACACAGAUGCAGCAGCUCACCAUAACAGACUACCAACGGACUCGUUAUCUCGGUGCAAGCUCCGGUGUGCAUUUCCUGAAUCAAGAGCUGUUCAGCACCAACAAAAAGCAUCGUAUUCCACAAGAGCCUUCCUGGUUUGUGCAGAAACUCAACAAGGACGAAGAGGAGCAUGUCAUUAUCAAGAGCAAAGAGGUGUUACAGGCAACACUCAACACUGGACAAGAUGGCACAAUCAACCGCGUUGUGCUGUUUGAAGAUACCCCGCAUAUAACUCAAGAAUUUGUUGAUUACUUGGUUCACAUGUACUUUACUCGUAUCCACAAUUACUGUCCAGUCAUCAACAAGGUGCAGUUCCUCGAACAAUACUACUAUCACAAUCCUUCACCGCCUGACAGAUACUUGCUAUUUGCCAUUGCGUUUAUCGGCAUCACCAUUUUCAAAACGGACAUCACCAAUGCAAAAGUAUUCAACCUGUCGAAUCAGCAGUUGGACGAAAUUGAAGAGUCGUUAAAGAACAAGGCGCACAAGCUGAUGAGCAUUGUUUACAAGCGAUCGAUGAUCAGCACUGUCCAGGCACUAAUGCUGCUGAGUAUGUUUGUGGGACACGGUGAAAACGACGAUGAAGAUACCAGCCAUUGGUUCAUCACAGGUAUGGCCAUUCGUAUGGCUCAGGAUUUAGGUCUUCAUCGUGAUUGCUCCAAAUGGCUGAUUCCAGAUUACGAGAUUGAGCUUCGAAAGCGCAUCUGGUACGGAGCCUAUCUGAUGGAUCGAUGGGUUGCAGCUGAAUUGGGUCGGCCGAUCUCUAUCAUUGACAACGAAUUCGACGCAGAAUUGCCUACACCUUACGAGCUCAACUACACAUCGUCAGCGCAAACAGAAAAAGCGGAAUUUACGCCCAUUCUGAUAUUGGAAGCUGAAGAAGCAUUGCGUGAAAACAAACCUGUCUAUUCGUCAUUUGUUUACCUGGUAACGUUAUCGCAAAUCACAGGCCAAGUCCUCGUGGGUCUUCAUUCGACUAGAGCAAAGCAGAACCGCCACAACAGUCUGGACCUUGUCAAUAUUCUGGAUCGCAAUUUGAGCAUGUGGAAGGCCUCCUUACCGCGAGAGUUGCAGGUUGAUUUGAGCAAUCCCAGCCAGUAUUUCAGCACAGCUGCUGGCGUUGUCAACAUGGCACACGGAUGUGUCUUGUUGCUGUUGUACAGACCGUUUAUCAGGAACCAUUCAGAGACAGACGACGCCAAUUUAGCUUUCAAAGCCCUCAGUAUCUGUACAGCAACAGCUACCAACUUGUUGGGUAUCGUCGAAGCAAUGGAACGAGAUUACUUUGUUGCGUUACCCUGGAACAUGUCAGUUUAUUCCAUCUUCCAGGCUGCUAUUGUGUUUCUACACAACGCCAAAGGUGAGAAUGAAUUUGUCAAGGAGCAAGGCAGACAGCAUUUGCUGAGAUGCUCCAAAGUCUACCUGGGUGACCCUUAUCUCAAGAAUACGCGCGUGGUGAAGGUGCUGCAGUCCUUGGUCAUGAACUUUGAUGUCCAGAUGGACGACUCGAGUAGCUACCGCAGUUCAACCCAUUCGCUCGUAGUGAAUUCAGACAUGGGCGCUAGGGAACCAGAGCGCAACGAUUCGGACGAAAACGACGAUGCUCAGCACAACUCGUUUCUCGUCAAGACUAUGAUUGAGUCAAAUCGAUACAAAAACACACUGGAAUCAUCGCCUAAUACAAACAACGCGAGCACGUUUACAGUGACCACCGGCCAGAUUCCUGGGAGUCAAAGCAGCGUCAAAAGCUCCAGCGACAGCAGUUAUCGUGAAACCACUCCUACGAUUCCCAAUCCAUUUGCUGCUGCCCCUCAUUUAGGUGGAACCAGACCAGAAGACAUGUUUUAUUCAUCCCUAUCCAUGAAUUUCGCUAAUAACCGAUACAAGCAACAGCAGCCAACAGCUGUAUCGCCCAACAUGCCUCAGCAGAUGCGACAACAACAGGACCAACCGAUGAAUAUGGAUUUUGAAAAGAGCUGUCUAUUUCAAAAUGCAGAUGGGUCAGAGAUGGCCGACUCUAUCCUCUGUCCAAAUAUGGCAGAACUCCAGCAAGGUCAUGCUGGCUUAGGAGAAGGUCAAUGCUCACUCGCGUUUGAUGCAGAACAACAGCAGCACCAGCGCUAUCCAACAUUAUCUUCCACAAGCACAGCAAAUACAGCAUCGGAAUCCAACUACUCAGCAGCAUGCCACCAACAACCACACCACAGUGCCAACACGUUUUUAGGCAUCCACAAUAUGGAGCCCAUAUCACAGCCACAGCCAGCACAGUUCGAUCUGACAAGCCUAAGUUCUCAGGUACCUCUGUGGGAUGUUCCAAGCGGCGUUACCUGGAAUGAGUGGGAAUCCUUCCUCAAGACAAAUGUUGACUCUCCACAUGUAUCCACUUGA